GUUACAAUUUUUAUGUCAAUUUUAACAUGUUAGUCGCCGUGAAGAAAAACUUGCUAUGCCGCAGAACAUAUACGACGAUUCGAGCUUCUUUGCAAACUAUAGCCUUCUUCCACGGUCGGUUCAUGGUUUAGGCGGCGCGGCUGAGUGGCCGACCAUGAAGCGAUUGGUGGGAAACGUCAAAGACAAAGACGUCCUUGAUUUAGGAUGUGGAAUGGGAUGGUUUUGCCGAUGGGCACGAGAUGAAGGAGCGAGGUCUGUGCUGGGUACCGAUAUAUCCCAGAACAUGCUUCGACAGGCCCGCAGUUUCGACAACGCACUUUCCUCGGGGGCUGUCUCAAAUGCGUUGAUCUACGAACGGAAUGACCUGGAGUGUCUUGAAUUACCUUCCGAGAAAUAUGAUCUCGUCUACAGCUCCCUUGCUUUCCACUAUCUGCCGUCCGUGGACCGGCUGUUUUCAAACAUCUUCCGCGCUUUACGUCCUGGCGGCCGUCUUGUUUUUUCCGUGGAGCAUCCUAUCAUGACGGCUCCGUUGGGACCUGCGUUCGACGGUACCUACAGGCGUGAUGAGCGCGGUGACGUGUUCUGGCCUUUGAACUCGUACUCGAUCGAAGGAUUACGGGAGACCACGUGGCUGGGUGUGACGGGCGUGCAGAAGUACCAUCGUGCGGCGGAAACGUAUCUCAAUUCUCUCAUCCACAGCGGAUUCAUGCUGACUACCGUGCGAGAAAGCUGGGACGGUAUGAAUCGAAAGCCCCGAUCAAAUGAGGAGGAUUGGGGUGGUCAUAGGCCGUUUCUUCUGAUCAUUGCCGCGGACAAGCACGCGUGUAGGCCUGAUUAAAUCAUCGCUUUCGGGGCUCAGACCCUUGAAACCUUAACAGGCAUUUGCUGUCAACUGUUAUAUUACACUGUUUCAUG